AUUGAACUCGUACUAUUCCUAACGCAGACACCGAACUAUAUAGUGGUUUCCUAUUAUCUAUUGACGUUUUUAAAAAUAAUUAAUAUUCUUAAAUUUUACAUUCGAUAUCAAAAAUUAUAAAUUCAAAAAUUACAAUUUAGACUUAAGGGGAAAAAUAUUUUGCAAAAAAAAUAUUAAUAAAAUUAUUUUUUUAUAUAAUUAUGCAGUACCUACUUAAAUAAUCAAUACACAGAAAGACAAAUAAUUAUAAUAUUAACAGUAAUAAAUUAUGUGAAAGGAUGACAAACACAUUUUUAAGACAGACAUGGAUAGCAUCAGGAGUACUCCUCACCAUGCUGGAGGUGGGGAUGUUCUUGGGCUUCACGACGUGCCUGCUGCCAGCGCUGCAGGAUCCAGACUCUCCCAUCAGAGCCAGCUUGGAACAGUCUUCUUGGAUAGCUGCUUCCUUCGGCCUGGCCUGGAUCCCUGGUUUCCUCGCAUCGUCCUACUACAUGGAUCGCUUCGGAAGACGAGUGGCUUUCAUCCUAGACAUCAUCCCAGGUGCCCUGGGACUUGUCCUCAUGUAUUUCGCCACAAACGUCCCCUGCUUGAUAGCAGCAAGAGUAUUGCAAGGCAUCACAGCAGGAUCCACUUCAAUUCUUGGAGCUAUAGUCAUAGGAGAAUAUUCGAGUCCUGCGAAUAGAGGGAUGUUCCUAAAUCUGAAGACAGCUGCUCUUUACAUGGGCAGUACCACCGUUCAUCUUCUUGGUCAUCAUUUUCAUUGGAGAACGGUCGCUGGGCUGACUUUACUUCCAUUCUUGCUAGCUUUUGGUAUGGUUUGUACGUGGCCCGAGAGUCCAGCGUGGCUGGUAUCAAAGAAACGAUUUGAUAGGACGAGAGAAGUCUUUUAUAGACUUCGAGGGAAAAAUGAACAUUCCACUAGGGAGCUCAAUGAUAUGAUUAACGCCCAAAAAGAACGUAUUACCACUGACCACUUCACAGUUUAUGAUAACACAAUGAAUUUCUUCCGGAAAUUCGGUAAAAGAGACUUCGUGCUGCCAGUUGUGAAUUAUAUCUUUGCCGCCAUUUUACUGGAGACAACUGGCCGCCAUAUUUUUCCCGCCUAUGCUGUCCAAAUUAUAUCAGAAAUUUCUGGUAACACCAGCUCAUUCUACUAUACUUUAGCUUUAGAUCUGUUAGUAGCCGUAAGUGCUACAUUUUCAUCGUAUUUAAUACGAAUAUUUAAACGACGAACUUUGUUAUUUUCUACUGGUUUUAUAUCUUUAGUUAUCUUAAAAGCAGCAUGUGGCUAUCUGUUUUUAGCGUCUCGAAAUUUAAUUCCGAGUAACCCAUUGAUUCCCUUGGCUUUGUUUGGGUUGUACUUAGGUAUAGUUAAUUUUGCAUGUGCUCCUAUACCUUUGGCUCUUAUUGGAGAAAUAUUUCCUUUAGAACACAGAGGAGCAGGAACUACAAUGGCUGGUAUAUUAAUUUCCGUAAUGAGUAUAGUAACACUGAAAACUACACCUUUAUUGCUGGCAACAUUCAAAGUUUAUGGGACUUUUACUAUAUUCGGAGUGGUAAUGGCAAUAUCGUUGAUUUUCCUAUACUUUAUGCUACCUGAAACUAAAGAUAGGACUUUGCAGGAAAUCGAAUAUUUCUUUAAUAAUGGCAAGUUUAGAGAUGAGAAUAAGAAUGAUGAUAAAGAGCUUGUACAAAUGAUUGCUUAACUUUAAGUGUAGGUAGGUUUAAAAUAUUUUAGAAUAAUAAAUAAAAAAUAGCAAUUUGUAAAACAUCUACUACAAAAUGUAGUUAACAUUUUUAUAAAUAGAAAAUAAUAAUUACAUACAUACUCCCGUAUUUCUUUGUAUUUCAUUAUGUUACCUAAUACGUUUUCAUGUUACCUAUUACGUUUUCAAGUUUUCAGCUUUGCAGGAGCAAACUUUGUCUUCUGUGGUGUCAAAAGGGUACUAACUUAUAUAAAAGCGACAUCUGUUGUUAAAACUCAGAACUUUUUAACUCUGACACCAACGACAUCUACAAUUAAGUCUCGAUUUAAGUA